AUGUUGAUUGCCUCAUAUUUCGAAUCCAGUUCUACCACUGGUGCGUUCAGCAAAUCGCCCUCUAAUUUUAUAGCCAGCCCACCUACAUUCCCUGAUGCUGCCACAGGAGGGACGGGCCUUUUUAGUGGCCUGUCACUUUCAAGCCCUGGAAUUCCAAAUUCUUCCUCUGCCAGCUCAGGUACUACAGGAAAGCCUGGUCUCUUUUCUUCCAGCAUUAUCGGUGUUGCACUUUCAUCCCCUUUGCUUGGGCAGCCAAAUGCCGCUCCCACUAUUUCCACUAGUGGUACUACUGGCGGUGGAGGUCUCUUUGCUAAUUUGGCUACACAGACUUCUGUUAAUUCUGGUCUUUUUUCUUCGCUUGGAUCUUCUGGCUCUAUUGGUGGGCUUUUCUCAUCUGCUUUGCCUACAUUUUCGACUACCGCAACUCCAGGGGGCUUUGGUGCACCACCUGCUUUUGGAUCCCCGCCUCUUUUUAAUGCUUCUGGAUUAGGAAAUCCGGCCUCUUCCCCAACUACUGGUACUGGCGGGAGUAUUUUCUGCUCAAAUAUUGGUACCGGUGCUCUUAGCCAGCCAGUUUCUGGAGCUUUUGGAGGUAUAGGAAGUGGGACACUCUUCAGUGCUUCUUUGCCUGCCACCUCUUCCAGUUGCACCUUUGCUGGCUCUCCGCCCUCGUCAGGCACGGCGAAUAAUCUCUUUGCUUCACUCGCUGCGAAUUCUUCGGGGCCCUCGUUCGGCAACUUGGCCCAAUUGGCUCAAUCUGCUCAUUUCACUCCUACUUUCGGUAAGCAAUUUUGA